CACAGACUCGCACUCGGACUCGGAGCUGAGCACUGUUCGGUUCGAGCGCCUUCUUCCUUCUCCUUUUCCUCGUCCUCUCGAGCCUGGGCCGAAAAUAUUGUGCUUCGUCCCCGUCUCAUCUUUCUCGUGUGUGAGUGUCUCUGGAAGCUCCUCAGUGAUCUUCUCCUGCGCGCCGCAACUGAGAGGCUGUCGUUUUUCUUUUCCCUUUCACCUCUCCCUUGGUGUAGCUGUACACCCUUUAGGAGUUCCCUCACAAGUUGCGAUGUCAGGGGCCGGGACAGGCCGCUCUCGGCGCCUGGCGUCUGACGCCGCAGACCUCGUCCGGGAGCUCGCGAGAGGGGGGGUGCUGACAGAGCUCGCAGAGCGUGUCGUGUCUGGAAGCCUGGCAGGGCCAUCCUCUGUUGCAUCGGGCCUCUCGAUAGCAGCGCGUCAAAUAAGAACAGCCGCUGUCGAAUUGGAAUCCGCUGCUUUGAGGGGGGGUGCACAUGUGAAGUCCUCAGGAGCUGCGAGAACAUCAUGCAGGGUUGGAGGAGUAGGUGUGAGCAGUUUAGCUGCAAAAGGGGGUGAGGGGCCCAAUGCUGUCAGGCGGCUAGGGGAAGUUUUGAGGAGUUGUCAUCAUCAUCAGCCUGGCAGGUUCUCUAGCAUGGGGGCGCUCAAACUGGUGGCAGGUCCGAGGGGCUUGGGGGGGUCUGUGGCGGUCAGGCAGCUCUUGCAACAGGGGAAGCGCGAGUGGUCGGUUGCGCGGCGCUUUUAUGGAACAGAAGGGCCAAAGCGGAAAGGUUUUGAGAACUUUUAUCCGAAGGGGAAGAAGGACGGAGCGCGGCCUAGCAAGUCAGAGGCAGGGUCAGAGUCCAAGGAGGAGGGGCGCACGCUUGGGGAGGUGUUUGGCAAGAACACCGCGUCUACGUUCUUGUCGACCACGCUCGGCAUGCUUCUGCUGGCGUACACGCUCAUGCCCAGCCGAAACGAGGCUCAGGAGAUCAGCUUCCAGGCGUUCAAAAACCAGUUGCUAGAGUCGGGGGCCGUGGAUCGGAUUGAGGUGGUCAACCGGCAGACGGCCAAGGUGUAUCUCAAGCCGAGUGCCAGGAAGCCCGCCGGCGAAGGGGAGCUCGGUACUGAGCCAGGUGCGCAGGGGCCCCAGGCGCAGGCGCAAGGGGCCGGGUACAAGUAUUAUUUCCACAUAGGGAGCAUUGACAGCUUUGAGCGCAAGCUGGAGGAUGCUCAGGACUCCCUCGGCAUGGAGCCCCGCAGCUACGUCCCUGUCACGUACGUCACCGAGCUGAGCUGGCUCUCGGAGGCGCUCAAGCUGCUGCCGACGCUGCUCCUGAUCGGGGGGUACAUCUACUUCCAGCGGAGGAUGCAGGGGGGGCUUGGAAUGGGUGGGGGAGGUGGCGCAGGGGGCGCACGGGGGAUCUUCAACGUGGGCAAGGCGCAGGUGUCCAAGAUUGACAAGAACGCUAAGGACAAGAUCAUGUUCAAGGACGUGGCCGGCUGCGACGAGGCCAAGCAGGAGGUGAUGGAGUUCGUGCAAUUCCUUAAGUCGCCCGACCGCUUCAAGAACUUAGGCGCCAAGAUUCCCAAGGGCGCGCUCCUCGUCGGGCCCCCCGGCACCGGCAAGACGCUCCUCGCGAAAGCGACGGCCGGCGAGGCGGGCGUCCCGUUCCUCUCCAUCAGCGGCUCCGACUUCAUGGAGAUGUUCGUCGGCGUCGGGCCGUCGCGGGUUCGCGACUUGUUCGCGCAGGCGCGCCAGAGCAGCCCGAGCAUCAUCUUCAUCGACGAGAUCGACGCGAUCGGGCGCGCGCGCGGGCGGGGCGGGUUCGCGGGCGGGAACGACGAGCGGGAAAACACGCUGAACCAGCUUCUGGUUGAGAUGGACGGCUUCGGAACGACCGCGGGCGUCGUCGUUCUCGCGGGCACGAACCGGCCCGACAUCCUCGACAAGGCGCUCCUCCGGCCCGGCCGUUUCGACCGUCAGAUCACGAUCGACCGGCCCGACAUCAACGGCCGGGAGCAGAUCUUCCGACUGUACCUGAAGAAGGUGACGCUCGACCAGGACCCCGAGUUCUACUCGCAGCGGUUAGCGGCGCUAACCCCCGGGUUUGCGGGGGCCGACAUCGCAAACCUGUGCAACGAGGCGGCGUUGAUUGCGGCGCGAGCGGAGAAGGCGGUGGUUGAGAUGGUGGACUUCGAAGCUGCUGUGGACCGGGUUAUCGGGGGGCUUGAGAAGAAGAACAAGGUCAUCAGCAAGGAGGAGCGCCGCACGGUCGCGUACCACGAGGCGGGCCACGCAGUCACCGGGUGGUUCUUGGAGCACGCCGAGCCGCUUCUCAAGGUUUCUAUCGUCCCCCGAGGGACCGCCGCGCUCGGGUUUGCGCAGUACCUGCCAAACGAGAACCUGCUCAUGACCAAAGAACAGCUGUUCGACCAAACGUGCAUGACGCUCGGCGGGCGCGCCGCGGAGCAGGUGAUGCUGGGCAAGAUCAGCACGGGCGCGCAGAACGACCUGGAGAAGGUGACCAACAUGACGUAUGCACAGGUCGCGGUGUAUGGCUUCAGCCCCGCCGUUGGGCUCCUCUCCUUCCCCCGUGGCGAGAACGACCUCCAAAAGCCCUACUCCGACACGACGGCCCAGCUCAUCGACAGCGAGGUCCGGACCAUGGUCGACAAGGCCUACCAGCGCACCCUGCAGCUGCUGACUGAGAAGCAGGCCGGCGUGAAGGCCCUGGCAGAGGCCCUGUUGCAGCGGGAGGUGCUGCACCAGGAGGACCUGGUCGCCAUUCUCGGCGACCGCCCGUACAAGAGCGUAGAGCAGAGCAACUACGAGAAGUUCAAGUUCGGGUUCGGCCGCGUCGAGAAGCCGGCGACCGUCCCCGGGAUGGAGACGCCUGAGGCGCCGCCAGCUGGCGGAGAUCCGGGCGCGCCGCAGCCGCCGCAGGGGGGCGGGAUCCUGGGGGCGCCGGCCCCCCUGGAGCCCGGCCCGGUGGGAGGGGAGCGGGUGACGUGGCGCGCCCCGCCGCCGCUGCCUUUGGGCCCACUGGGACCGAAGCUGCCGCAACCAGGAGGGAGUUUGGGGGCGCCCGCGCCGCUGGGGCCAGUGGCAGGAGGGGUGACGUGGCGCCCGCGGUCGUCGCUGCCGUUGGGGCCGCUGGGGCCAAAGUCGUCAGUGCAGCAAACAAUUUGAGGAACUGUGGAUCGGUCGGGGAAGCUGGACGGGGUCAGGAAGGGAGGUAUAAGACCGGGACGUGCAAUUGCAAAGGCAGUGGUGACGCCCGUCAGAGGAUUUUGCAGUGGAUACGGCCUUGCAGUUUACAGAUGCGCCAGGUUUCUGAGCCGGAGUCUUGCGGCUGGAUCUGAUUCUUGGAGCGACAACUCUUAGGAGGUGCCCGAGGUGGCCGCGCUAGUCCGUGCCGUUUGUAGUGAAGGUGGUGCCAUUGCACUUGUACACAUGUAAGACAUGUUCAGACUAGGAGUAAUGAACUCAAGCAAUAGGUGCUAAGGCCGUUCUGAUGAGCGUUAAGGAUCCUUAUUAUGGACCUGUGCAUAUUGCCUUCCUUUAUUUGAAGUCUUAAUCCUUCAAGUUCUUGGGGACAUUGAUAGUCAAAAUGCUGGGUCAAUCAAGUACAAGGAGAAAGGUCAAUGACGUAUGGAUGUAGCGGUGGCCUGUAUGCCUGAUUUUCAC